CGCUACCUGUCUGCUCUCGUUUCCCAAUUUUCCCGUCUCCCGUCUCUCAGUUCCACUUAGCCAGUGCGUAGAUGGAGACGACGACGACCGCUGCUGAAAUGGCGAAGCCAAAGCCGGCAAUUGACGCCGACGACAGGCUCAGCUCUUUGCCGGACGAAGUCAUCACUCACAUCCUCUCUUUCCUGCAAACCAAGUACGCCGUCGGAACCGCCGUCCUCAGCAGACGCUGGAAGGAUCUCUGGACUAGGGUUUCAAAUCUCGAUCUCGACAACGGCUUGAUAGACCAGCCAAUGCCAGGUAACGUCGCCUUCCAGAGCUUGCCGCUGGAUGAACAAGAGAAAUAUCUGGAUGGUAGUUUACCCGCGCUGGAGGUCUUAAGGAGCAGACUCUUAGAAUUCUCCCGCUUCGUCGACAGGGUUCUAAGCCAGCACAGGAAUCUCGAUUCUCUUAGGCGUUUCCGCUUCAAUUGUUCAAUAGGGAUUCGUGAACGGGAAUUGAGGCCUGGGUUUUGGUUUAGGAGGAAAUGGGUGUUUGGUCCUCUUCUUGAGGAGAUCGACAUGGUGAUUGAGGGAGACACUGCUGGAGUCCACUUUCCCCUAGGUAUACACCACCUACCACAGAACUUAUACACUUUGAAGAAUCUGAGAGUUCUGAAGCUUGAAGGGGUUUCACUGGAUUCAGCAAAAACGUCUAUCUUCCUUCCUAGUGCGAAGAUCUUACAGCUUCGGGAAGUUACCUUUUGGAACUUUGAGACAUUGAGCAGCCUCUUUUCUGGCUGCCCUGCUCUAGAGACGGCUAUUCUAGAGGGUGGAACUUUUGUGCACGGUGAGCAAGACAUUCUCAUGGUUUCCUUACCAUCCCUGAAGAAGUUGAAGAUGAUUCGAUUUGGCAAGAAUUAUGCGUGUCCCGUUGUAAUCGAAGCACGAAAUCUUGAGGAGCUCGAACUUCAGGAGUUUGCAGAUGUAAAGUUUGUGGGCAGUAGUACACUGUCAUGCCUUCUUUCAGCAAAUAUUGAUAUUGGCCGGUCAGAUAGCUGGGCUGAUGUACUGCAUGGGGUCCUCAAUCAAAUUCGCAAUGCAAAGAAAAUGUUCAUAACUGGGAAGACUAUGGAUCUUCUUCGAGUUAGCAAUCGUUUCCUUCGUUUGCCACUGCCUAUUUUUCAGAAGUUGACACAUUUGACGAUCGGAAAUGGAGGGCACAGUCGAGUUUUUUACUCCUUGCUCAACUCAGCCUCCAAAUUACAAUCUCUUAUCAUUAACUUGGAAUCCUCCAUUUGGGACAUGGAGUGGGAGAUGUUGGAACAUUUUUCGACGCCCGAGUGUUUGUUAUCGAGUCUCGAGGAAGUAGAGAUCAAGGAUUUUCCACGAUGUGAACAUCAUAGGAUAAUGAUAGCAUAUCUGCUCAAGGUAGGAGCUGUCUUGAAGAAGAUGGAUAUUCAUGUGAAAGAGUAUAAUUUUGACAUAGAAGAUCACAAAGAUCUUGCGUCACUGUUAAAACUGCCAAGAGGGUCGAGCCAUUGUGAAGCUCGUGUUUUACUUCCCAACAACGAAGAGAUCAGCAUCAGUAGCGACAAUGAGGCCUGUAUUGACGUACAGAUGGACGAUGAUUUCGAUGUUGGUGACAACACGGAUAACUAACUUUGACGACAUUGAUGACAAGAUCCACAAUGAGGUGGGUGAGGAAGAGGAGACUUUGUUGAAGCAUGUUGGUGGGUAUGAAGGAGCCUCUGAGUAAUGUGAUGAAUUGCAUAUUCUUACAAGAG